GGGGCCUCCCUCGCGCCGGGAUUGGACGCGACAGAACGGGGGUGGGGGCAGGCGGGGGACCCCAGGAGCCCAGGUUCCGUCUCGGGCGAGAGCAGCAGGCAGUGCAGGAGCUGCUGGUCCGCGCUGAGAGGGCUCUGCGCGAAGCCGGUGGGCGGCGCGGAGGAGGCGGCAGCUGCAGCUGGGGCCCCCAGGAUGUUUGACAGCUCGCAGUAUCCCUACAACUGCUUCAAUGACGACGCCGACGACUACCCAGCCGGCAGCUCCGACGAGGACAAGCGGCUCACGCGGCCCGCGUACAGCUACAUCGCCUUGAUCGCCAUGGCCAUUCAGCAGAGCCCCGCGGGCAGGGUGACCCUGUCCGGAAUCUACGACUUCAUCAUGCGCAAGUUCCCCUAUUACCGCGCCAACCAGCGCGCCUGGCAGAACUCCAUCCGUCACAACCUUUCCCUCAACAGCUGCUUCGUCAAGGUGCCGCGGACCGAGGGCCACGAGAAGGGCAAAGGCAAUUACUGGACGUUCGCGGGUGGCUGCGAGUCGCUGCUGGACCUCUUCGAGAACGGCAACUACCGGCGGCGGCGGCGGCGGCGCGGCCCCAAGCGCGAAGGAAUGAGGGGUCCCUGCGCGGGGGCCGCCCAGGGGACCCCGAGUCCGACCGAGCCGCCCGCCGCGCAGGGGCCCCUGGCUGCGGACAGCGCUGGUGAGGGCGCCCUGGGCCGCGAGCCCUCAGCCAGCCCCACCACCCCGGGGAAGGAGCAGCCCCGGGACCUCAAGUUCAGCAUCGACUACAUCCUCUCCUCCCCAGACCCCUUUCCGGGGCUCAGGCCCCCCGGUUUUGCACAGGAGGGCAGAUACCCGCGGCUGGAGAACGUGGGCCUCCACUUUUGGACAAUGUGAUGUGGGGUCACUCUGGAGGCCCCUGCAGGUUCAGUCAGGGGUCUUCACCAGACCCUCCCUGGAAAGAUGAUUCCAGUCCCACCUUAAGCCAAGAAACCAGAGUUCGGCAAAUCCUGCAAUUUUUCCUGCAGACUGAAGGUCAGGUGCCACACUAGUCCUGGACUAGGGGGACAGGCGGAGGUGGAGCUCCUUAAAGGUAUAGACUGUGGAAUUGUGACUUUACCCUUUCAGAAAACAGUUCUCUUGCCGGGAAAGCCCAACUGGGCUCUAGUUUUACUUAAGGAUUUGCUCCAAACUGACUUCCUGCUCUUGCUCUGAGGAAUAAAGGCACAGGGUCAUGUUCCCAGAGUUGGGUAACAUUUCAUUCCUGGGUCACUUGAGGGUGAGCUCUCUACACAGCCCAAAAGCCACAAGUGCCCAGUGUGUGGUUAGGGGGCUGGCUCACAUCGUCCCCAUGGUUAAAAUAAUAGUGAUAAGACACAAACCAUGAAGAUAGACCUCAGUUGACCCCAUGAGUUAGUCACCCCAAGGCUUAUGAUGGUGUCCGUGUUAGGGAUGAUGUGAUUGGACGUGAUAAAUGUAUUUUAUUUUAUCAGCUGAUUAUUUUGGUGACAGUUUAAGAAAUCCAUUAUGCUUUUUAUACCAGAAGGGAGAAAGAAAAGGUGGGAAGAAGGGGCCCAAAUUUGGGAUGAUACUGGAGCAAAGUCCAAAUUUCUUGAUUCUUCUGAGCAGGGAGUAAACCCUGAUUCAGGGACCUUCCAUCAACUGUUUCCCAAAAUACAGGCCCCCAAGAGAGCAGGCUGCUGAUAAAAUUCCUGCUACACCUUUCAGUGCACAAUUACAAGCAACCAAGGUGGGUGCACUUGACUUAAAAUGUAAAUGAUGUAAUUACUGUGUAGAGACAGGCAUUCUAAAAAACAACAGUUAUGCACAGUGAAACUAUUUGGCCAGCCUUAUCAUUUUUCGCCAGCCCAUUUUUGCAGAGUUAAUUGCUUUCAGUGACUUAAUUUGAACAUUAGUAUGGAUUACACCUAAUCUGAUUCACUCAGUGACAAUGAUUGGCUAAUUUUGUGAACAGCAAAAAAUGCACCCAAUGAGGCUGGCUGUCUCAUUUGGGAAUUGCAUAGCCUUGCUUUAUCAGACCCUUAAAAACAGGGGCUGGAAGGCAGUGAAGGUAGGUGGGCUGCGGAGACAGACCAGAACAUGUAAGAGACGCUUGGCCCUGGCUUCAUCUCUAUUCAGAAAAAUCCCAGUAUUCCCCCACUCACCUACCCUGUAAAUAGACUCAAUGUAUUCUGUUAGUUGUUUUGAGAAGAAGGAAGAAGGCCACUGC